AUGGCGUCCAUGGAUAUUGGCGAGCUGGUCAGCCUCAUGGACUUGAAUGGCGGGGCAGAGGAGGUGGUCGACCUCCGAGCACUGGACUAUGUUUCCAAGUAUGACGAGCAUCUCAUGUGCCCGAUAUGCCACUGUCCAUUCAUCCGGCCGCUGCGACUGCGCUGCGACCAUGUCUUUUGCCAAAAGUGCUUGAAUGAGGCCAUCACAUCUACGACAUCGGACCCGCAUAGCUUCCGCUGUCCGUCAUGCCGCUCUCACGCCCGCGAGAUAUUCGGCAAUGUUCCGCGGCUGCUGAUCAACAUGUGCGACGAUAUCCGAGUCCGCUGUCCUUAUUCGGACGAGGGCUGCAAGGAAAUAAUGCCCCGCGGACACGUCCAGCUGCAUGUCGACAAGUAUUGCGACUCUAAACUGAUGGACUGCCCGGUCUCGACCUGCACGCAACAGACCCGCAAGAAAAACUUGAGCGCCGACGGGAAAUGCAUGCACACUGUUUUGAAGUGCGAGGCGUGUGACGAAGACAUAGUAGAGCAGGAUUUGGAGGAGCAUCAAAACGAACACUGUCCAAGUUUGCGCACAAACUGCCCCGACUGUGACGCUUUGUUAUUCGUUAGUGCCUUGGAAGAGCACGUGGAUACAUGUCCAGAGGCUAUCCACGAAUGUCAAGCAUCAAAAUACGGAUGUAGCGCCAGGUUGAAGCGGUCUGAAUUGACAGUCCACGAACGAAGCUGUCCGUUAAUCACCAUGGGCCCGUAUAUCGAAGCCCAGAACUCGCGCAUUGACUCGCUCGACAUGACGAUACGACAGCUGCGUCAGAGAAACGAAAUCCUAGAGGACGGAAUCUCAAACAUCCGCUCGACUCUGGUGGAAAGCACCCAGCUUACGCCUGAAAGCCGGCAAUCGCCAAGUGGAAAUGAGAGUCAUCCUCACCCUGAGAGCGGGGAGGCUGAACAGGGUGACCGCUCAUCUAACUUGUCGUCCACAACGACGAUGACUUAUCUAUUAUCUCUACACGAGUCCCUACGCGAAGAAGUUUCGAGACUUUCGCACGCCAUCACCGAUCUGGACGCCCGAGCUAGCAUGGCCAUUUUGAACGAGAGCAUGCGAAUUAAAGAAGACAUGGCCCACACUAGCGCUGCCAUCAACACAAUCCGCAUGCAGAUCCACUGGCUGUUGAAUCCCCGGCUGCAGCAGGGUCAUCGGUUUGCCUCUGCAGCGGGCAGCAGCAGCAGCACAACAAGUACUGGCCAAGGAGCUGGCACAGCAGCCGGGCCGAGUUCAGGGCCAGCAUCACGAUUUGCUUAUAACACCGAAGGUAUUCCACCUCGGCGAUUGAGCGACAGUGGUCGCGAAGGGACAAAAUUGUAG